GCACUCCAGCUCCACGCCACGGCGCCUUAAUCUUCAACCUCUCCACGCAACCACUAAUGCUCCCACCUCCACACCACCUCAAUGGAGUCCUCCGACGAUGAGAAGAUCUCCACCGAGCUCCACCGCCUCACACGCGACGCAAUCGUCCGCUCCCUUGCCACGCGCCGUCCCCUCCUACACCACCUCAACGCCGACACCACCUGGCUCCUUCAGAUCCCACGACCCGCGUCCGCCGUCAAACACAGCAAGCGCAUAUACUACAACAUACUCAUCGACCCCUGGCUCACGGGCGGCCAAUCCGACGUGGCAUCCUGGUUCUCGCAGCAAUGGCACGCCACGCCCAGCGCCGUGAGCACCAUUGACGGAGCAAACCAACUCGCGCGCGAAAUCGAGCACCUCGCCGGCGCGAGCUUCCUGUAUCGGCGCACCUACAAGCCGCCCCGCCCCGAAGACGAAGAGCAAGAGGAAGAAGACGCCGCCCGCCACCGAUUCAUCGAUGCCAUCGCCAUCUCCCACGAGUUCACCGACCACUGUCACCCCAGCACCCUCAAGACCGUGCACCGCGACGUCCCCGUCUUCUGCACCGACAAGGCCGCCCUCGUCGUCAACGCCAUGCGCCACUUCCGCGCCGUCCACGUCGUCCCGACUUUUACAAGCGAGGCGUGCGACUGGCGCGCGAACUCGCUGCCGCCGCUGCCGGAAUGGCUCAGCAUCUCGCGGAUCGUGGCGGCGCGGGACUUCAAGUACUACCACUCGGCACUGAUGAUCGCGUUCAAUGCCGCGCCGUCUGCGGCCUCGUUCUCGUCUUCUUCAUCCGGGGUUGAUGCGGCGGAGGUGGUGAUCUACACGCCGCAUGGUAUCCCGGCGAGCGCGCUGGCGCCGGUCGCGAAUGCGGACCCGCCGCUGAGUACGCUCGCGUUCCUGCAUGGGCUGCACUCUAUUUCGAUUGGGUCGGCGCAGCAGCUUAAUCUAGGUGGGCAUAACGGGUUGCAAGCGCAGCGGGUGCUGAAUGCGAAAUACUGGGUUGGGACGCAUGACGAGGUGAAGGCGGGGCUUGGGAUCGUUAGCUGGUUCUUGAGACGGAAGGUCGUGUCUGUUGAAGAGGCUUCCUCUACCGACACCAACUCUUCCUUCGGUGAUGAGUGGGAUGACGUUAAGUUUGAGGAAAUUCCGAACGGCGAGAGUCGGGUGUUGGAGUGA